AGCCGCUGUCUGUAAAAUAAAAAUAAAACUUAUUCUGUCCUUUGUUUAAAGUCAAAGGGAAGUUCAUUCAUUUAUUAAAGUGUUCUUUUUGUACUUAAAACACAUUCAGCCUGAAUAAUAUAAUAAUUAUUGAUAAAAGUCCCUAAAAUACAUUUUGACAAAAGGGGAUAUUUAAACAUAACGUUUACAACUAAAAAUGAAUUAUUGUUCUCAACAAUUGAGUCUCUGCGAUCGAUUACACUUUGGAGACUCACUGCGACAUGACUUUUAUACAAUAUAUCAUAACGCUUAAAUGAGUGAUAUUUUUUAUGGUCAUAUGUUCAGAAUGUCAGGUCGUAAAGUGACCUAAUAAUGGCGGAGCAGAGUUGUCAGUAUUUGAAGGAGAUAAUACUUAUCUACGUCUUAUUGUUAAAAUCCGAUAAAAAAAAGUCGACUCUUUCUCUAAUUAAAAGUUCCCAUUGUGCUCCAGUGUCUGCGUCACCUGUUUCCUCCUCAAUCCCGCCUAUUUCAGUAAUUGGACAAGAUACAUUCGUAUCCCCGCCCCUAAUCACAAAUCAAACCUUGCCAUUGGACAGAGUACGUGUCGCUCCCAAUGUAAGUCUCCUCCCUCGGGUUCUCUGGAGCUCUGUGUCCUCAGGUUAUCCGUCAAUCUGAGUAAAACCUGUGAUGGGACGUUUAAUAAUGGCGAUACCGGGGUUCGAUAACUGUCAAAGUUUAGCGAGAGAAAAACUUGAUUAAAGUGGAUUUUAUUUUUUUGGACCAAGUCAGUGCGGGGACGUUAAAAUGUGACCACUCACAGUAAAUCUCCGCCUGCUCUGUAAACUGAGUCAAACAAGUGGAUUUAAUCGCGUGUUGCCAUGUCGUUACUCUGCGUCAGAGUAAAGAAAGCCAAACUUCAAGGACCACCAGACAAGUUCAACACUUACGUGACGUUGAAGGUGCAAAAUGUCAAAAGCACCACCAUCACCGUACGAGGAGACCAGCCCUGCUGGGAACAGGACUUCAUGUUUGAGAUCAACCGACUGGAUCUGGGCCUCAUUGUUGAGGUUUGGAACAAGGGUCUGAUCUGGGACACCAUGGUGGGCACCUCCUGGAUUCCUCUCAAAAGUAUCCGCCAAUCAGAGGAGGAGGGCUCAGGGGAGUGGCUCUUCCUGGAUGCCGAGGUCCUGAUGAAGGCAGAUGAGAUUUACGGCACCAGGACCCCGACCCCUCAUCGAGUCCUGCUGGACACUCGCUUCGAGUUGCCCUUUGACAUCCCAGAGGACGAGGCGCAGUACUGGACGGGGAAGCUGGAGCACAUCAACACCAUGAGGAUCCACGAUGAGUACUCUCUUCAGGAUGAUGUCCAGAGUCGCCCCCUACCGUUCGCUCCCUCCCAGUGCUCUCUGGACGACCAGGACAGCGCUGUGGACGACAGGGACAGCGACUACCGCAGCGAAACCAGUAACAGUCUGCCCCCGCGGUACCACACCACGGCCCAGCCCAACUCCUCCUUACACCAGUAUCCUAUGGGGCCACGGCUGCAGCAGCAGCAGCAUCCGGACUCGUGCACCAACUCCAUCCACAGCUUUGACCUGGACUACAGGGAUCAGAGAGGAAUCAGUCCAGUGGAAAGUAGUCGUUUUGGGUCAUCAGGGAACCUGAGCCAGACCAGUUCCCAGCUCAGUGAGACCGGUCAGGAGAGCACUGGAGGCUCGGAGCUGGAGGAGUCCUUUCAUUCCUACCACAGCACUGGUUUUCACCCGUCCACCAAUGGUGGGCAGCCACGCACCAAUGGACACACUAACGGACACCCCGGGGUUAACGAGCAGGAGGUUCUUCGCUCGUCUCCAGAACUAGAAAGUAGCCUAAAAAAUAAAACCCCACCAGAGAAAACAUCCACCAAACUCCUGAGGUUCCGUGAUGAAGGACCACCAUUACCUUUUUCAGCUUCCAGAGUUCGUUGGUUGAAGGCCAUCAACAAAGUCAGGGUUCAGCUCCGGGAGGGUCAAGAUGAGGACCCUAACCUACGGCAGGCCUGGGUCAAACCAGGCGGUGGUUCUGGUCUGUAUGGAAUUGACAGCAUGCCUGACCUGCGUAAAAAGAAGCCCAUCCCAUUGGUCAGCGACGUGUCCCUUGUUCAAGCGAGGAAGGCUGGAAUCGCUUCUUCCAUGGCUGCACGGUCCUCCAUCAAGGACGAGGAGCUGAAACACCAUGUGUAUAAGAAGACCCUCCAGGCGCUCAUCUACCCCAUAUCAUGCACCACACCACACAACUUUGAGGUGUGGACCGCCACUACGCCAACAUACUGCUACGAGUGUGAAGGGCUGCUGUGGGGAAUCGCCCGGCAGGGCAUGCGCUGCUCCGAGUGUGGCGUCAAGUGUCACGAGAAGUGCCAGGAGCUGCUGAACGCCGACUGUCUCCAGCGUGCGGCUGAGAAGAGUUCUAAACACGGAGCGGAAGACAAGACCCAGAACAUCAUCAUGGCCAUGAAGGACAGGAUGAAGAUCAGAGAGAGGAACAAACCAGAGAUCUUUGAACUGAUCAGGGAAGUCUUUGUCAUCAGUAAAGCUAUCCACGCUCAGCAGAUGAAGACCAUCAAACAGAGCGUCCUGGACGGCACCUCCAAGUGGUCGGCCAAGAUCACCAUCACAGUCGUUUGUGCCCAAGGUCUUCAAGCGAAGGACAAGACAGGUUCCAGUGACCCCUACGUCACCGUCCAGGUGGGAAAGACCAAGAAACGGACCAAGACCAUCUAUGGAAACCUCAACCCUGUGUGGGAGGAGAAAUUCCACUUCGAGUGCCACAAUUCUUCCGACCGUAUUAAAGUCCGCGUGUGGGACGAAGACGACGACAUCAAGUCCAGGGUGAAGCAGCGUCUGAAGAGAGAGUCGGACGAUUUCCUCGGCCAGAGCAUCAUCGAAGUUCGAACGCUGAGCGGUGAAAUGGACGUCUGGUACAACCUGGAGAAGAGGACGGACAAGUCGGCCGUGUCCGGUGCCAUUCGCCUCCAGAUCAAUGUGGAGAUCAAGGGGGAGGAGAAGGUGGCGCCGUACCACGUGCAGUACACAUGUUUACACGAGAACCUUUUCCAUCAUUCCAACGAUGUGCUGGGACAAGGGGUGGUGAAGAUCCCCGACCCUCGUGGAGACGACGCGUGGAAAGUCUAUUUUGAUGAUGUGGCGCAGGAAACAGUGGACGAGUUCGCCAUGAGAUACGGCAUCGAGUCCAUCUACCAGGCCAUGACUCAUUUCGCCUGUCUGUCGUCAAAGUACAUGUGUCCUGGAGUUCCCGCCGUGAUGAGCACCCUGUUGGCCAACAUCAACGCGUUCUACGCCCACACCACCGCCUCCACCAACGUCUCCGCCUCUGACCGCUUUUCUGCCUCCAACUUUGGGAAAGAACGUUUUGUCAAACUGUUAGAUCAGCUACACAACUCCUUGCGCAUUGACCUGUCGACAUACAGGAAUCACUUUCCUGCCAGCAGCAAAGAUCGUCUGCAGGAUCUGAAAUCGACGGUCGAUCUUCUAACCAGCAUCACCUUCUUCAGGAUGAAGGUCCAGGAACUGCAGUCUCCACCCAGGGCCAGUCAGGUGGUGAGGGACUGUGUCAAAGCCUGUCUCAACUCUACCUUUGACUACAUCUUCAACAACUGCCACGAGCUGUACAACAGACAGUACCAGCCCGCAGAGACGAAUAAAGAAGAGCUGCCGCUGGAAGAACAGGGUCCGAGCAUCAAGAACCUGGACUUCUGGCCCAAACUCAUCAUGCUCAUCGUGUCCAUCAUCGAAGAAGACAGGAAUUCUUACACACCUGUGCUCAACCAGUUUCCACAAGAACUCAGCGUUGGGAAAGUGUCAGCGGAGGUCAUGUGGACGUUGUUUGCCCAAGACAUGAAGUACGCCAUGGAAGAACAUGAGAAGCACAGACUGUGUAAAAGCACCGACUACAUGAACCUGCACUUCAAGGUGAAGUGGUUGUACAACGAGUACGUGAAGGAGCUGCCCAACUUCCAGGGUGUCGUUCCAGACUAUCCGUCAUGGUUCCUGCAGUUUGUGCUGCAGUGGUUGGCUGAAAACGAGGACGUGUCUGUGGAGUUCAUGCACGGUGCCCUGGAGAGGGACAAAAAAGACGGAUUCCAGCAGACCUCGGAGCACGCGCUCUUCUCCUGCUCCGUGGUGGACAUCUUCACGCAGCUCAACCAGAGCUUUGAGAUCAUCAAGAAGCUGGAGUGUCCAGACCCCGUGGUCAUGGCCCAGUACAGCCGCCGCUUCUCCAAGACCAUUGCCAAAGUCCUUCUACGCUACAGUGCCAUCCUGACCAAGAGCUUUCCGUCUUACAUCGACAAGGAGAAGAUUGUGAGUGGAUUUCUAACCCUAACCCUAACCAACAGAACCACAGACUGUCACACGUCAGAGGUCACCACAGGACCUCAGUUUGUUCAGUUUCUCACUAAUGAGAUGGAGACCGGCUCUAAUGUUGUUCUUCAGAGCUUCACCUUGACCAGUGAUCAUCAACUGGUGACCCGUGGACCCGCUGCGGUCCGGCCGGACACCAGGGGGUCUGUCCACCAGAUACAGUUGGUGACCCCUGGUCUGGACCCUGGUCAGUUAAAACCACCCUCAGCUCUGACAGACUCUGGUCCUAUGGACCCAGAGGCCAGUGAUUUACUGAACGACCUGCAGGUGAAGCUGAACAACGUUCUGGACGAGCUGAGCAGUACCUUUGGAAACAGUUCCCACAGGCUGACGCUGUUUGCUACAGUUUGUGAGAAGACUGUGCUCAAACGAGUGCUGAAGGAGCUGUGGAGGAUCGUGAUGAGCAGCCUGGAGAAGAGCAUCGUGCUGCCCAAGGGCAGCGACACGUUUGGAGCACAGAUCCUGUCGGCGGCUAAAGAACUUGGUCAACUGUCCAAACUGAAGGACCACAUGGCAGGAGAGGCUAAAAGCCUGACGCCCAGACAGUGUGCUGUCAUGGACGUGGCUCUGGACACCAUCAAGCAAUAUUUCCACGCUGGAGGAAACGGUCUGAAGAAGGCGUUCCUGGAGAAAAGUCCCGAGCUGUCGUCCCUCCGUCACGCUCUGUCCCUCUACACUCAGACCACCGACACACUCAUCAAGACCUUUGUCACAACUCAACACACACAAGUGCAUGAUGGGAAGGGUAUAAGGUUAACACCCAGUGAGAAAAUACAGCCCAGCAGGGGUUCAGGAUUGGAGAAGCAGAUCGGGGAGGUGUGCGUUCAGUUGGAGAUGUUCACUCCUCCUGGGAACAAAGAGAGAAAGGUCACGGUCAAAGUCAUGGGAGCCAGUGACUUGAAGUGGCAGACGUCUGGGAUGUUCAGACCCUUCGUGGAGAUCACCAUGAUCGGGCCUCAGCUCAGCGACAAGAAGCGUAGAUUCCAGACCAAGUCCAAGAACAACAGCUGGUCUCCUAAAUUCAACGAGACCUUUCACUUUGUCCUGGGGAACCAGGAUGGUUUGGAGUGUUACGAGCUGCAGGUCUGCGUUAAAGACUACUGUUUUGGCCGUGCAGACCGUGUGGUGGGAUUGGCUGUGAUUCAGCUCAGAGACAUAACAGAGAAGGGAAACUGCGCCUGCUGGUGUGCACUGGGAGAGCGCAUCCACAUGGACGACACCGGCCUCACGGCCAUGAGGAUUCUCUCGCAGCGCUCCAACGACGACGUGGCUAAAGAGUUCGUGAGAUUGAAGUCUGAAACCCGCUCGACGGAGGAGGGGCGAUGAAGAGGAGCGGGAGGAAGACCAAACAGGAUGGAGUUUUUUUUUCUGUAUCAACGCCGUUCCUCAAACGCCUUCUGCACAAAACCUCACAGGAAGUCGACCGUCACAUUCACCAGCCUGUUAAUAAUUAUUUAAAGUCUUCUUUAGACAAACGUCAGUGUCCCGGUGCUGCCCCCGGGGGUCAGAGGACGAAGUGGAGACACGGUUUUAAUGCCUUACAAACGGUGAAGAAGUUUGAAGACGACGAUCUCGUGUGUGUUCUCCACUGUGAAAAUACUGCGUUAGUACUUGGUGGAAAUGAAGUUUUACUACUUCAUCUGAUUUUCUUAAAAAGUAGAUGAAGUAUUAAAAUCCUAAUUUUAUUUUAUUUUUGAAUAACGACUGAGCGCCCCCAUGUGUCCAGUUUCCACAGCGCUUUUUUUUUCCAACAGAAAAUGUCCAAUAAUAAACCUUGAAUCAUAAACCACAGGUGAAGACACGGGCGGAGACGUCCCACACCAGAGGUGAAGCCACAAAGUACGAGAUGGAGAAAAACUCCAACAUAAAAUAAAUAUAAUAUAAAUGUGAUUUAUUAUACAGUUUAUUAUUUAUUAAGCAAAGAAAACGCUUUUUUUUUGAGAA